CAGCAGGCUACUGCACAGCCUCAGAUGGAAAUAUUGUAGGAUUUCACUGUAUCCACAUGGUUUAUUUCAGAUUUUGAUUUUAAAUGGGCGUCGCACUUGGCCUUGCUCCUUCCCUCCAUGUGUUUUGUGAUUUUGUAAUUUAUUGUUAUGCAAGGAUUUAACAUACCAAAAAGAUGAUCGGGGGCUACGUUUUUGGCUGGGGAAGCCUGCGAUCGACUGAAUGCAACACAUAGAUCUGAAGGAAAGGAUUAUUAUAUGGGUUGCAUUUGAUUUUCCUGACCUGCCCUAUCCGGAUUUCGGAUUACUCAACAUUCUUCGGAAUGGAAGGACGGGAUUUCGCUGCUCCGGCGCACCUCCUAUCAGAGCGGGGCGCCCUGGUGCACCGAGCCGCCUCUCGGAUCGCUCCCUCGGGCCACGGCUCUGUACAGCAUGGCGGUCACUUCACGCCGGGGAAAUAUUACCCCUCGCACAUACCAAUGGCUCCCCACUCAGGCAGUGGAUUGAUGGGCAAUUCCUCCGCCUCCUUCAUGGGGACCUUUCUGGCCAGUAGUCUGGGUUCCCCCCCUUCCCACCCGUCUCACCCUUCCCGGCCGCCCUCCUCGCCCUCCUCACCCUCCUUCCGGGGCGGACCCCACUCCGGCGCCUCGCAAAUCUGGUUUCCCCAUUCGCAUGAAGCAGCUCCAGGGUAUCCUCGAUUCUCAGGGAGUCUGGCCCACACGUUCCUUCCCAUGAGCCACUUGGAUCACCAUGCCAACAGUGGAGUUCUCUAUGGGCAGCACCGUUUCUAUGACACGCAAAAAGAGAAUUUUUAUCUUCGAGGUCUCCCGUCCCAGCCACCUCUCAUCUCAGCCAAUCACAGUCUGCCACCGAUGUCCAGGGCAGGUUCAGGACACUCUCAGGGGUCCUGCAGCAGAGACAGAGAUCCAGGGGUAGGGACGGUUCUACAUAAGGGCCUCAAAGAGGGGUCUGUGGAGCGAGGAGUGGUACCUGUAAAGGACAAGGAGAGGUCCAGUAGCAAACAGGAGGCAAAGGAGAGACAGCAGCAACAGCAGCAGCACCACAGCCACCAGCCACCCCAGCCCACACACCACCACCAUUCCCUCUCCCAUCAGCAGCACCCACACUAUCCACAGCACCCACUACCCCUGGAGGAGGUCAACAGUCGGGCCCUGGAGAGACACAAAGCAUCCCUCACGAUGGAGUACAGCAAGGAACACCCUCAGAGUAUGGGCAAGCCCCUCAGUGCCUGCUUGCACAAUGGCAAGAUGCAAAACGGAGAAGCAGGAACUGGAGCAGGGGCUAAGGCCUCCAUGUCCAGCUGUGGGGGAGAGGGCACAGCCAUUGGGGCUAUGGGGGGUGGUGGGAGCAGCCAGGGCAGACAUAUGGUGUCCAGCGGCAAUAGUCGCUGCACCAAGGAGGGGGUAAGUGGGGAGAUGAGGAUCAGUGAACAACCUUCAGACUGUCUGGAAAGGGGUCAGGCCCCACUCCACCACUCUCUUUCCUACUCUGUACCCCCACCCUUACACAUGGGUUCUGGAGGGGCACACCCCCAUCCACAUCCUCAUGCUCACCCCCACACACAUCCUCACCCAGGGGGCUUCCACUGCCUUCAGCUUCACCCCAGCCACCCACAUCACCCACAUCAUUCCCACCACACACACCACCAUCCGGACUUCUUCUGCCCGCCCCCUCCGGCUCCUCUAGCCAACCCUGCCUCACAUGACAGGGGGCCAGCCAAUGUGGGGCGAGAACCUAAAGUUACAGGGCCUACAUUUGUGCCAUCUGUGGCAGGCCUGGCGGACAAAUCUAGUGGGCCAUUCCAACUUGGUAACCCAGACUGCCAUGGUGUGGGAGGUGGAGGUGGCAAUACCAAGGAUAAGGUAAUAGAAAAGAAUGGAGGCAGUACGCACCAUAGUAGUUGGCACAGAAAACAACAGCAACAACAGCAGCAGCAGCAGCAACAGCAACAACAGCAGCAACAGCAGCACCCGUACAGAAAGACAGAGAAGGCGCCAGAUUGGAUGCAGUCUCACCACCAACACCUUCAGCCCUCACAGCUUCCUCCACCUCCCCAACUACAACAGCCUCCACCUCCCCAACUGCAACAGCCUCCACCUCCCCAACUACAACAGCCUCCACAUCCCCAACAGCAGCACCAGGUUGUACGAUCACGCAGCGCCGAGUGUAUCAACAGUGUUGUGGACAUGGAUGUGUUCAGACCCUCGCUGCCCCAGGGGCCAAAGGCUGGACACUCUGUCCCUCAUUCUGUCAACACCUCUCCUUACAGAGACUGUUCCCAUCCAGGACCCCAACCUAACUCCUCCCCACUUGGAAGUAAAAGCAUGGGUCAACACAGUGGGGCUGGAACUGCCCAUGGCCCAGGUCCUGGAGGUAGCUGCUCCUUACAGAGAGAUGGCCAGAAGGUAGCCAGGAUACGCCACCAGCAGCAUGGCCGACCUGGCCCAGAUGCUCCUUCUCCUUCUGUUGAGUUGAACCAGGGGACUAGUCAGGACCUGAAAAGAAAGAUGGACAUGUCUCCUUAUGGCUACAGCAACAGCAGUGGGCAGCACCAGCAGCAGCAGCCCCCAGUGCCACCCUGGGCCAUGAGGCCUCCCCACCACAUUUCACAACCCGAGGAGGAGCAGAGGAAGUCUUACAUGGAGUUAGGGAGCACUGGUGGGCAACACUCCCAGCAGCAGCAGCAACAACAGCAGCCGGGAAUGCCACCUCCCCAGCCUCCCACCGCACCUCCCCUCAGUCAGCAACAGCAGCAGCCACAGCAGCAACCUGAGCCCCAGGGCUCAACUCAGGGGGAGAGCAGUGCUAUGAAAAGCUUACUUAAGUAUAGCAACCAGCAACAGCCACUGCUGCUCUCCCAGAAGAGCCCCUUUGGGGGACUGGGAAGCCUCAAAUCAGGUCCUGCUGGGGGGAGCUGUGCCAUGCAGGGCAACAAACAGACUCUACCUUCGAGAAAGGGCCCAGGCAAUGACAGCGAGCGCCCUGAUUACAGUGGGCGGGGCCGGGAUAUGGGGGACGGAGGUCAUGGGGAAAGUGAGGUGCGGCAACCGCCAGUGGGAAUUGCAGUUGCUGUGGCCAGACAAAGGGAGCCAUCUUGUCGUUCAGCAGACAGUCAUCCAAACAGCCGACAGGGCAGGGUACAUCCCUCAGUGAAAGGACCGCCCCGCUCCAUGUAUCCCUCAGAUUCCACCACCGAAGAGGAGAGGAAGAGGAUGAGUGGGGAACAGAUAGGUUUGACUUGCUUGGACAGAGAGAGAGAUGCUUAUAUCAGGGAUAAUAAGGAAAGGGUGGAGUUUGCAAGAGUACACCCAUCCAACAGCUGUCACGGAGACCUCACUUCUCAUCUCAUGGUCCCAGGCGGGACUUCCCUCCAGUCUGGCCAAUUAGGAGAUCCUGCUGCACAUUCUGCUCACCAUCAUUGGAUGCCAAGAACUGGAAGCCCAUCCCUUUGGAUGACAGGACACUCUUAUGCAGGUAUAGGUCAUACAGCCUUGCACCAGAAUCUACCCCCAGGCUUCUCUGCAGCCAUGUCAGGCCCUCUGCAGCCAGUCCUGCCUCUGCCUCAGGACCCCUCUGCCCAGCUGGUGGUCCUGCCCACUGAGCCUUCUGCCCAUCCUGCGACGCAUCACCUGGAUGUGAUGGAGCAGCCAGGGCUGUGGCCCCCUGUGUAUGGCGCCCGGGGCCCGCCCUCCCACAUGCAGCAUCCUGCUGUGUACUCCCGAUCCCAGUUUCUACGGCAACAGGAGCUGUACGCUCUUCAACAGCACCAACAGCUCCAGCAUCAGCAUCAACAUCAGCACCAGAGCCACCAGUCGCAGCAACCACAACCACAGUCUCAAACCCAGCAGCAGCACAGAGCUGCGCACGGCAUGGACAUGCAACAUCAUGCCACUCACAUUUCCCAGAUGCAGAAGAGGCCAGAUGAGCCCUCUGUUGAACUAGAGGAACUAAUGUCGGAACCCAGAACAUCUAAACCUGCCAAGCCCUACUCUUACAACCCACCUCAGAGGAACACCCCUCCCCCUGGGGCCUGCGCCACUCACCUGUCCCCUUGUUGCCAGUCCCCUUCACUAAGGCCACAUCCCAAAAGCACUCCUUCUACACCCUGCCCUGCUCCCAGCCCUGCCGCAGCAGCCCCUCACUCUCCUGCCAUCAGCCCUGCCCCACCUCAGAUGCCCAAGGGGGCCGAAUCCCAGGACAAGCGAGGAGAGGGACAGCCCCCACAGGAUUACCCACAGUCUCUGGAGCCUGACUUGCCUUCUGGAUACACCUACCCUGCAAUUGCCAUGGGCUACAGGAGCGGGCCCUCCCCCCAGGAUGUUCGACUGGCUGAGCCAGCCGACCUGGAAGCAGUCCAAGUGGAGCCUGCUGAGCAUGCUCCCCAGUCUCUCUCCAGUCUGGGGGAGGAGCUCGACUGCCAAGUGGUGGUCAGGCCCCUCCCAGAGCCACUCCAAUCCGAGGAAGUGGAGCAAGCAGAGGAGGAAGGGGUGGUUGAGAGAGUUCUGGAACAGCGGGAGAAGGUGGAAGUAGCCGCAGUGACAGCAGCCAACUAUGUGCCUGGAGAGAGGGAGGUGGAGGAGCAGGGGCCCGAUGAGGAAGAGGUGCUGGUUUGCCUCCCUGCUAAGAGCCCAGUGUGUGAGGCUGCUUUGUGUCCAGUGCCCCUUUCAACAGAGGUGCUUGAACGGCCAGAAGCUGUCAUCACCUUGGAAGAGGAAGAGGAUGAAGAGGCAGUGGGUGACGAGUGCCAGGUCAACAUGCCUGAAGAGCUGGAGCCAGAGCUGCCAACCAUCAUCGAGCUUGACCCUGCUUCCCCUGCAGCUCCUGAGCAUCAGUCCUCGGCCCUUGAGGGAGAAAAGGACAGCGAGCAGGAGCAGAAGAACAAGAUGGCCCCUGAUGACGUCUCAGGGGAUUUUGUGUGUCUUUCCCCUGUCUCAGCUUCUGCCCUCAGCCCACACCAAGCAACGGUUGCUGUGCCCCACAAACCUCUUGUGCCCUGCUACUGGAGUCUGGAGCUGCUGAUUGCUGCUGCCUUCUGUACAGAUGUACCUCCAUUUCCCUUGUUCCCUUAUAGCACCCCAUCAGUUGCACCAUCAAAGCCUAACCCCCACCAGGGUAUGGAGCUUCUCAGUGAGCUGGCAGAUCUGGAACUGCAACAGCAAAAGCGCACCUGUGGGAAAAGCAAGGGCCUAGCCUCCGUCGCUCUGCGUUCCCUCCCAGAUACUCCUCUCUUCCUGCUGGUCUCGGGAGCCUCUGAUGAGGAACUGCUGAUGUUUGACCUCCAGAGCCUUGCUACCCUGGCCACAGCCCGUGCACUGGAGAUGGGCUCUGAGGACGACAGCAGUAAGGGUUCAGGGCAACACUUCCCAGCUCGCAGGAUCCUCAAUUUACGCAGGAAAUGCAGCUGGACACCUCGCAAUGAACCAGUGUGCCCGGCCAAAGGUAGCAUGGAAACAAUGGAGGGUCCUGAGCUUACAAUGCGUGUGAAGUUAGCUGAGCUACAGCGUCGCUACAAAGAGAAGCAAAAGGAGCUGGCCAAACUUCAGAGAAAGCACGAUCAUCACAGGAAGGAGGAAACACCCCGCAGCCCAGCGCGACGAGGACCAGGACGGCCGAGGAAGCGGAAACCCACCCUCAAUUUAGGUCCGGUAUCCUCAUCUGAGGGCCAAAGAAAAGUCAAGUCGAUGGGGGCGGGGCUUUCCCUGUCGCCUGAGGACCUUGGAGGGGGCGGAGACAGCCAGAGAAGGAAGAAGAGGCUGUCCAGUCGAGGCUUUGAGCGACUCAGCAGCACACAGCAGAUAAAAGCACAGGGCUGCAGAAAAAGCAGUCUUCACAGCAUUCUCAGCUCCAAGCUGGCCGGUGAUGAGACUCAGCUCAAACAGAAAGCCCAGGGUAAAAAGAUUCUCUCAGGGACAGGCUCCACGGACAAGGAGGUUUCGCCCUGCAACUCUAACCCCAAGCAUGGACACAGAAGCCAGAGCACGAGCAAACCUGAGUCCAGGCGAGAGUCUGGGGGACAAAGUGACACAGCAGCCAGUGUGGACAGUAGCCCCCAAGAGAGCUGGACUGGAUUAGUGCGGUGCGGACGUAAAAAGGGAUCCACCACCCUGACACAGGGCUCCCCCCGUCCCAGAGCAAGGGUUCUCCGUGGCCAGAGGCAGGAGGCAAUGGAGGAAGGGGAGAGCUCCCCUGCAGAGAGUGACUCCUCUGAUCAAGAUGAUGAUGAAGAGGAAGGCAGUUAUGAUACUGAUGAAGGUCAAGACUACAGACUCCAACCCCCCAGAGACAUCACUUCUAGCUCCUCCGUGACGGGGCCGAGUCCCUCAUCUGUUGUAAAACUAGAGGCCAACCAGAAAGCCAGGAACAAAAAACAAAGACAGGAGCUUUAUGGCUCCCAGAGUCUGUCUGGAGCAGAAGGCGAGGUUAAAGUCAGGAAGAAGCCGCCUCGUAGGAUCGGCCUGGCCACUGCAGUCAAAAGCAGGCACGAAGAUCACCGGCCCGAAGGGGUUAGGAGGCCAUGUGGAUCCAGGUCUAAGGAGCCUCGGUGGGGCAGCCUUGGCGCCAGAGGCAACCGCUACCGAAGGGGCAUGGGACUGGCCACCUUCCCGACCACUAGUGAGAGGCUAAAGAGGGCGACCCGCAAGAGCACCAUGUUGAGAGGAGCCAUCAAUAAGAGGAGAAGUUGCUGGUCUGUUGGGGCCCCAUCGUCACAGACUGAGGAGGGCAGCAGGGGACGAAGGAGCAAGGACCAGCAGCCAAAGGGACGAGCAGUGAGUCGGCUGCUGGAGAGCUUUGCGGCCGAUGAGGGCUUUCAGAUGGAUGGCAGCAGCUUCUCAGAAGAAGAGGAGGAAAGCAGCCGCUCAUACAGCAACAAAGGCCCUGAAGUUCCCAACUGUGUCCUGACCAAAGAACUCUUGACUGAUGGACUGAAGGUGCUGAUCUGCAAGGAGGAUGAGCUUCUAUACGCUGCCAGGAUACACACACUUGAGCUUCCAGACAUCUUUAGCAUUGUUAUCUACGGUGAAAGAGGAAACCGCCCAAGAAUCUAUUCAUUGGCGCAGCUGCUACAGGAAGCAGUCCUCGAUGUACGGCCAGAGUCGGAGACUGUGCUCAGUGAAGGAACCAGGGUGUGCACUUUCUGGAGCGAACGCUCACGCUGCUUAUACCCAGGCUAUGUUCGCAGAGGUGGUUCAUCUGAUGAAGGGAAGCAAGGAGGAGUGAUGGUAGAGUUUGAUGAUGGAGACCGAGGAAAGAUUUCUCUCCCAAAUAUCCGCUUCCUGCCUCCCGGAUACCAGAUUCACUGUCGGGAGUUAUCUCCAGCGUUGCUGAUACCCCGUGAAACCACAGUCAAGAGAAGUUCGAGUCUGGAGCAGGCCCCUCUCAGUGACAGACCUAACAGAUUCAACAUUAUCAAUACCUUAACCAACAGCCAAACUCUAACUGUUCACAAAAGAAGACCGGGGAGACCAAAGGGUUCUGGGAAAAAACAAAAGCAGCAACAGCAGGCUGAGCAUGCCAAUAAAAAUCCUUCACCUUUCCUGAGUUGGCCUUCGUUAGGAAACACCAGGAAGAGGUCGUCCGACAACCUAUUUCAGCUCAAUGGAGCACCCAGGAAGGCCUUAAAAGGGACGGAGGAUGACUUGUUCCCCCUGCCUAGGACCCAGACACUGGCCUCCGCCCCAGCCAAAGGCCUUUUUAGCAGUAGCUCCUUUGAGGUGGACUCCUUCAGCAGCAUUGCAAAUGGCUACUCUUCUUUCUGUACUCAGUCUACAGGGUCAAGUUCAGGUUUAUCUCUAGGCCCAAGAAGUGGGCCGUAUCCUCAGAGGCGCAGGCAAGAUGAGCUUGUGGUACCAAGGAGCAGGAAGUCUGGACAAGAGUUCUUAGUCAAAUUAGAUCAUGAAGGAGUGACCUCCCCCAAGACAAAGAACAGCAAGGCUCUACUGUUGCGAGGUGGAUCUUCCAGUGUGAGUGGUAUGCCCAGGACAGAGGCUUACUCUCACCCAGUGCUGCUGGUUAAAGACAACAAAAAGGGUGGUGCCUCCAAAGUAGAACUUCUCCUGAAAGGAACCACACCUCAAAGAAAGCCCUCUUAUUCUCUGCGUCUGGAUGAAUAUGGUGACUUGGGCUUCAGCUCCCACAGAGACUGUCACAGCUCCUACUCUGAGCUUGAUGAUGAUGAUGAUGAUGAAGAUGAUGAAGAGAGGAGGAGGGCUGCAGUGGCUGCAACCUCAGGAGGACUAAGGACGGCUGGCCGCUUCCUGUCACGUCUGUCUGUCUCCUCCUCAUCUUCUGGUUCUUCAAGCUCCUCUUCUUCUGGGUCUCUCUCUAGUUCCAGCCUGUGUUCCUCUGACAAUGAUUCUUCCUACAGCUCAGAGGAUGAGGACAGUUCUACACUGAUGCUUCAGAGUUGUCUAUCUUCCCACCGGGGGCUCUUGCAACCCUCUGAACCCUCAACUUCUUCAAGGCCGCACCAGCACUCCUUUGUGGCCAAAGCUGUGGCUGUUUCCAAUUCCAAAGGAGGCCCCCCUGACCAGGUCUCCAACAGCAAGUCCCUAAAGAGGAAAGAAUGCACCAGCUCCACCUCUAAACCAUCAAAGGAUUUUGUGAAGAAACCUAGGAUGCUUCCAGAUGAUACCUCAUUUAUUCCAAGGCCCAAGAUGUCUGCUUUCCUUGCAGGACGACAAAUGUGGAGGUGGUCAGGAAACCCUACACAGCGGCGAGGUCUAAAGGGCAAGGCAAGGAAGCUUUUUUAUAAGGCCAUUGUGCGAGGCAGAGACACAGUGAAAGUGGGAGAUUGUGCUGUGUUCCUCUCAGCUGGACGUCCUAACCUCCCAUACGUAGGGCGAAUUGAGAACUUCUGGGAAUCCUGGACCUCCAGCAUGGUGGUCAAAGUCAAGUGGUUCUACCACCCUGAAGAAACGAAACUCGGCAAGAGGCAUCGAGAUGGCAAGCAUGCCCUGUACCAGUCGUGUCAUGAGGAUGAGAAUGAUGUCCAGACAAUCUCUCAUAAGUGCCAGGUAGUGAGCAGGGAGGAGUAUGAGUGUCUGACUCACAAUCAGAAGCCGAACAGUACCUCCCCAGACCUAUACUACCUGGCUGGGACGUAUGACCCCACCGCUGGUCAAUUGGUCACUACUGAAGGGGUUUCAAUCCUGUGCUGAACCUCCAUGAGGACACUACUGAAGGACUCCUUUGGAGGAAGGAUAAAAGUCUAUGACUUUACCUACAAGAUCCUCCAGUCUGGGAAAACAACAAGUGUUCCUUGGGUAUGCCUCAAGCACCCAUGGAAUCAAUGUCAGCACCAAAGCAGGGCUGUCUGAGGUUACACACUGGAGUCUAUUGGCAUCUAACCUUUGUGGAAGUGAAGGGGAUGUCCAUAACGGGUUGAUCCUUUCAAGAAGUAAAGAAGAAAGUUUGGGUCUUCCUGGGCAUCACAAAAUUUAAUAAGUGACGUUUUAAACAUCUACCUAAUCUCUUUUUAAUGGAUCCAUGUGAUAGAAGGCUUCAUAAAUGGUUUUUAGGACUCAUGCGUAUAGCUCUUAUCAUAUGUCACCAAAGGAGAGCUGAAAGUGCAUUUGACUGUGCAAAAGUAUCUAUGAAUAGUCUCUGUGGACCAAUUCUUAAAAAGGUAGUCUUACCUAAGGGAAUGGAAACGAAAAUGAGGCACGGGGCUUCUACCUAGACCUCUUCAUUCCAGGGAAGUUAAAAACAUGUAAAGGAUGUAAAGUUGAUGUCUGUAAAUAUUUUUGAAUUUUUCCCAAUCAAGCCAUACACUUCAGUACCUCUCGCCUGUCUUAACUGUUCAGGUGUACAUUGUAUAGGUCAAUUAUUGUAUUGUUGUCUGUUGUCUAUAUGUACAUAAAAGCUAUUUUAUAUAGGAGUUUAUUGUAUAUAUGAGAUGUAUCUUUCCAUGUUUGCGAUUGAUUUAUUUUUAUAUGGGUGUAGAAUACAUUACGUUGUUUUUCCUUUGCUUUGGGAAGUCAAGAUUGGAGAUGUUAGUGUUGCACUGCAUAUGCCCUGCUGAGACAGACAGAGCACAAACAAAGACAGAAGGAUUUAGUCUAUAACAGGACAAGACUCACUUUCUGAGAGAGAGGGGUCAUCCUGUUUAAAAAAAAAUAGGUCAAGUGGCUAUUUUGUAAAAGUGUUCUGUUACUUUGCAUUUUUUGUUAUCCUUUUUUAAAAACACCUUUUUAUUUAUGUACCUCUCAGUUGGUCAUCAUCACAAAGCAGAUCCCACUGGACUGCAGUCACGGGUCAAAAAUGAUUUAAGAUCAAUGAUAUGAGUAUAAUAUUUUGACACAAUGUUUGUGUGUGAUGGCAUCACUAUAAUCAUGUCCACAUAAAUCAAUUUAGUACAAGACCGGGUCUUUUAGUGAAAAUGUGUUAAAUGAAUGCAUAGUUCAGCACAUUAUGACCUAUAAAAUACCAAAGUGUCUAUUAUUAUCUUUUAUUUCUUUUAUUUAAAUUGAACAUAUGUCAAGCACCUGUACUGAACUCGAAUCAGAAAUCACUGGUAAAUUAUAGAAUACUUGUCCUCCACUAUGUGCGUAUAUAUUGGCUUUGCAUUGCGACAAUGGUUUCUUGCACAUGUACCUGCAGUUUUGUUUAGUGCAAACAUAUGCAGCAAAAUGCCACCUGGGAGUGUGACUGAAGGUCAAGGUACUGACAAAGUAAGAUGUUGAGUAUUGACGAUUUGUUGGAAUUAGUUUAUUUUAGUUUUAUCAGCCAUCUGUGUCUAUUUUGUACAGUACACGCACAUACUCAAUGCUAACUGUGAAGGACAAUCAGAUUCACAAAGCAAUGGACAUAGAGUAGGUUCACUCAAUCUGAAAAUUACUUACGUUUAUUUAAUUUGUGCCAAGUUCAUUUUGUCUAUUUUUUGUCUCGUUUGAUAUGCAAUCCUGAGUAUUCUUUGUUCGCAAAGUUUUAUUUUGUUCGCCAACAUUUUAUUUAUUGUCAAUGUUGCUGUUUGUUCAUGCCAAGAGCGCUUUAUAAGAAUGUGACAUUGUUUUUCUUGGUGUGAUGUCGCAUUUGCAUUUCUUAAAUAAAGCUGGUCUUGUAGAGGCCAUCUAGUGAAAAGAAAUAAAGCAACACUGGAUUAUUCUCAUCCGCAAACUUCUGUGAAUUAAUUCUAUUAUUCUGGCUGUGUCCUCUUCAUCUCACUGCACCUGCCAUUUCCCAUCAACACAUUUAUGUUAAACAGUUUUGUAAUGACUAAGAUAUUGCCUUUGAAAGACAGAAUAAAUGUAAUUUUUUCAUCCAAAUGGGACAAAUCGACACAAAAUUAUACCAAAGAGACAAUGUUUUAACAACUGACUAACCUAGUACCUGGUAUGUUUUUCUACAAAUGUCUAAACAGGUAGAUUUAUUGGUGUUAUAAAAGGAAGAAUAAAGCAGGAAGUGGAAUAGUUUACCCAUUAACACAAAUUGAGUAACUAUUUCAGACAGAGCCCUUAAAUCGUGCAUGCCAUCAGCUGAUCAGGAACAUUUGACUAUAACUAUCUUCAGGAAGAUGAGUAAUAAGGUGUCUUUAUGACAAACUUGCACUUACUCUUGAUAAUUUGUGCUGCCUUUGCUGUUACUGGUUAUACUGUUUCUUCCUACCUUUAUCACACGGCUGAUUUCUCCGUUAACCAUCCCCCAACCUCCACCUGUUCUGGUUUCUUAUUACGAGACGUGGUAAUAGCAGCUCUUCCUUCGUUGUGCUUUAUGUACAUCACAUACCUCAUUUAUAUGUACAGCAUGUGCUGGGCUCUGUUCUUUAUACCCCUCAGGGAGUUUUAAUGUGCUCCCCUUAGAAUUUUGAGGCUACUUGGAUUCAUUUGUAAAGCAUCAUCAAGCACAAGGCUCUUUUUCUGCCAAAUUAUUUUAUUUGUUGCGAUAAAUCCUUUGAUGUAAGUGUCUCUGGCUGAACUAAGUUUAUGUGAGCUUUGAGUUCCUUAGUAAAUAGAGACAGAUCUGUCACAGCAUCAAAUAAAGCCUACUGGGUUUAGCUGCCAAGCUGUGUAAAUAUGAUGUUGACUGAUUCGGAGAUAGAUGUGAAUUUUCGUGAUUCAUGAUAAAGUACAUUUGCCUGUUUUCUUUUUAAAUGAAUUGGUUCUUUGUUGGUGUAUCGGUGGGGUGGUAGAAAACCGUGAGAUAGGCACCCAAAAGCUAACUAAAAUGACAGUUUUGUCCCAAGCCCCUGAUCAAGUCUGUUGGCAUUGAGUAUGUUAAUGUUUUUUAAGAUUUGUAAAUGUGUACUUUCUGUAUUUGUGCUGCAUUCUUUUUUAAACGAAUUUGUGGUAUAGAAUCAAGAAUUUUUAUAGACGUAUAAAUAAAUACCAUAACAAAAAAUGUACGAUUUUAUUCAAAUUAAAUGUUUGUUUCUGAUCAAAAAUAAAGGGAUUUAUAUAUGUGCA